AUGCAGUCGGACAACCCUCCGGCAAACGCGUCGAUCGUCCGAGAUUUUGAAGCCGCAUACCACGCCAUCCGGGGCUCCCUCGGAUUGCAAGAUCUCAAGGGAAUAGAGCAAGCUCUUCGAGUCACUGCAGCAUCCAUCCUAGAGGAUCUCCGCGCUCGCAUCAACUCCUACUCCCCCUUCUCCCGGAUACCUGCGGAAAUCAUCAGCGAGAUAUUCCUCCACUCAGUCUACAGACCCGACAGGAGGGCAUCGAGUCAGAUAUGGCAGGAGCAGGCCGAACACAUCGCAACUCUGCUCCCUCUGACACAUGUCUGCCAGAGUUGGCGACGAGUGGCCCUUCAACUCCCGGCUCUGUGGACCGACAUCGACUGUCAUAGCCGCGGCCAGUAUCUAGCCUUCAAGGAACGGUCUCGAGAGCUUGGCGUGUCGCUAGUGGUCAACUAUCGCGAUGUUUCCCGUAUCUGCAGACCUAGGUUCGCGUUGGGCAACGCCGCCCGUAUCAGCAACAUGGCCAUAGAAGAAGUCGUGUCCUCCCUGAUCCAUCGCAUCCAGCGACUCGACAUAGAGCUGGAGUGUCCGGAGCUGGAACCUCCGCCAUGGCUGUUCACGACAUCGGCUCCCCGCAUGGAGUGUCUCAAUCUUGUCAUCGAAUGCAGUGACUCCUACUCCCUGGACAGCGGUUGGCCCGGGACCCCGCCGGAAAAGAGUUUACUCUUCCGGGAUCAAAUCUCGUCGUUACGGGCUCUUUCUCUCUCCGGACUCUUCAAGUGGAUACCCGUCAACAGCUUCCCGGACCUCACGCACUUCUCUCUCUCUUGCGAGAAUUGCCACAUGGCUAUGGUCCUCGAUGUGGUACUCGCCGCGACGCCGCGUCUUGAGAUCCUCCAUUUGUCCAGGGCCAGCGUCACAACAGCAACACUAUUCCCAUCGUCGCGCCCCCGUUUGCCAUUCCUGCGCUCGGUCUCGUUCAGCGAGUCGUUUCCAUCCGCCUUACAGAUCGUCUAUUUCGUCGACAUUCCCGCUUCCACUCCUAUCCGCAUGGUGACAUCGUCCAUCGAUCCCCACUCGGUGCUGGACCUCAAGGACGUCCCCGCAGUUCGUGAUGCAACCGACCUCACAGUGCGAGUCUCCCGUCCACUGGAAGAUGUCGAGUUCAUCCUCGAGGGCGCCUGUGGGUUCCUGCUCCAGGGACAAACCGAGGACGCGACCGAGAACGCGCAUGUAUGGACCCACACUCAGCUCGGACGGCUUCACGACGCCCCCCUCUCUGGGCUCGUCAACUUCCUGCUCGACGUCCCCUUUGUCGACGUACAGACACCCAUCGCUCUUCUCCACCACAUGCCUCGCCUCGACACGCUCCGGAUUCGCCUAUCGUCGCCACCCCCGUUCGGAACGUUGGCCGACGACAUUGACAUCGACGUCCAAGACCUCGCGUCUCCGGUCGAGAAGCUUCGCGCGCUCGGUCGCGCGCUCGUCGGAGCCGGCGACGACGGGUUGACCUGGGCGCCGCUCUGCCCCGUCCUGACCUCGCUCACGGUCGGCUCAAACCUGGACCCGGAGGGCAGCGAGUUCAGCGGGGCGCUUGCCACGUUCGCAGACGCCCUCGCCGAGCUCCUCGACGGGCGCGCGCGCGCCGGCUGCCCGCUCGAAGCACUCACCGUGCAGCCAGUCAGGCACGCGUCCGAGCCUGAGGACGACGAGGUGGAGAGGGAGCUCGGGGCGCCGUGGGAGAGGUUGGUUGCGCUGACGCGUCGGUUCGAGCAGCUCGAGGUGGUGCCGCCGGGGACGGAGCUCCUGGAGAAACCGUGCCUCGCGGGGUUCUGGGAUGUUGAAGACAUGCGCCGCGUUGCCCACAAACAUAUUCCUGUCGACAGCCCGGUCGACGUGUGGCCACCGAACAAGAUACGCCCCUGUAGGGUUCAAACGUCGCCUCCGUUGCGAUUGAAGUGCACGCCCCCGCGAGAAUCCGACCAUACGACCAUCGCCCCGUCGACUACCGAAGGUAGCUUGCCUCCGAAUGGCCCCGACAGUGUCUCUCCGGUGGCGGUGUCCACAACGCAGAACUGCGGGGCAGCGCCGGCCGGAGGACUGCAAUCGGAAGGCCCCGUGGCCGGGUCUUGGACGAAACACAGCGCGCGAGUCCCGUCGGCGGACAAAGCCUUGGGAGUGAGCCCGUGUAGUGGUGACAGCGCCAUCGGAGAUGCGGGCGUGGAGGAUCUAAUCCACCACGAGGGUACCGCCUCUCGUCAGUGCGAGCACAGUGAAGUCGCCGCGCUCGGAGCCGCAUCGAAGAACGGCUUGAUACACAUCUUCUUCCGCGUCGCAACGGUUCCAGCGGUUGACCAGACGGGGGUGAAUUUCUCCUGA